AUGGCGGAAGGAGGCGAUGCAUCGCGGCGUCAGCCAGCAGAUGUAACUGGGUCGGGAAGAAACGGGUCAGAGGGGAACGGAUCAGCAGAAGAGGAGCCAAUCGCUUCGCAGGCGUUAGAGGGGGAAGCGAAGCAAGUGUCGGGUGACAAACGGGACACGCAAGUGCGGGUGGACAGUCACGGCCAGCGGCCGACGGAGGCCGCUGCUGACGAUGCUCGCGCCGCUUCUGAGUCGCCUCGAAAGGUUGUUUCUGCUGUCGACGCUGCUGCCGGCGAUGCUCAAGCGGUGCCUCGUGGCGACGCCACGUCCACCGCUGCAGCAGGCGGUGCGGCGGGCGGUCAGGGAAUUACCGCCGAUGCUGUCAUGUCGCAGCUGGCGGACAUGCGGGGCAUGAUCGCGCGCCUCAGCAAGGAGAACGAGUCUCUGCGCGCCAUAGUGGCGCUGCAGCUCUCCGCGCAUGGUGGGAACGACUCCCCUGGGAGACCAGAGAAUGUGGGCAAGGCGGGGGCAGGCGCACUCAGCGGGCGUGCAGCAGCGGGCACGGUUGGAGGGGAGGGCGCGAGGGCAGGUGGGGGUGGAACGAGCGCAGGUGAAGGCUCAGCCGGGGCAGGGGAAGGGGCAGGGGAAGGGGCAGCGGCAAGGAUGGGGUGGGGAGUGGGGGCGGCAGGGCUGAGUGGAGACGUGCUGGCGCGGAUGAUGGCGGGCGGAGCAGGGGGGGCGGGCGAGGGGGGUGCGGAGUGGGUGCGCGCGCAGCAGAUGCAGAUGCUGGCGCUGCUGCCCUACCACGCCGCUGCUGCCCAGGGUGAUGGGCAGGGGGAUGGGCAGGGUGAUGGGCAGGGGGAUGGGCAGGGUGAUGGGCAGGGGGAUGGGCAGGGUGAUGGGCAGGGGGAUGGGCAGGGGGGAGAAGGCAGUGAGGAGAAUCGCGAUGAGUGUGCUGUGGAGUCGCGGGUGGUGGGUGCUCGAGGCAGGGCGGGCGCAGGGGAGGAGCACGAGGAGGAGCACGGGGAGGAGCACGGGGAGGAGCACGGGGAGGAGCACGGGGAGGGCGUGGGUAGCAGGAGGAGGAGGAGGGGCAGUGCGAAGGGCGAGCAGGAUGGGGAGUUGGAAAUGGGGGAGGCUGGGGUGGAGGAAGUGAGGGUUGAGGAGAGGGGGCUGGGAAGAGGAGAGAGGGAAGAGCAGGGCGAGAGUGGGCAGAGCAAGGGCAAGGGGGAUGAGAGGCCGUGCAAGAGGCAGCGAGGGGAGGCGAGUGCAGGGAGCGAGGAGAAUGUGCGUGUUGUGGCGAAUGGUGGUGGCGCGUCAGAUGCCAUGGGGGUGGGCGAGGAGGGCAGAGAGCAUGCGCGCGAGGGGGGACAUGAGAGGCAGCAGGAGGUGGUGCGGGCCGGUGAGAGAGCAGACGACGCAGCCAGCCAAGGGAGCCGAGAGGGCGGCAGCAGUGCUGGUGGUGGUGAUGGUGGGGGGAAGCGAGUGUUGCCUCGAAGCCGGCUGUGCUGUGCUGCCGCUCCACCCCCUUUGAAGUGUGCGGAUGGCAGGCUAUCGGACGGGGGCCAGUGGCGCAAGUACGGGCAGAAGGUGUCAAAGGGCAACCCGUGUCCGCGCGCCUACUACCGCUGCACGGCAGCGCCCGCGUGCCCGGUGCGCAAGCAGGUGCAGCGGUGUGCGGACGACAUGGCGUUCCUCAUCGUCACCUACGAGGGCACGCACUCGCACGCGCUCGCCCCGCACGCCACCGCCAUGGCCAUGCUCACGUCGUCCGCCUCCCUCGUGUCUGCCUCGGGCUCCCACGCCCCCCUCGCCUCGCCCUCGCUCUUCGCCCCCUCCUCCGCCUCCUCCCCCGCUGCCUUCCCUGCCCACCACGUGUUUCCCCCGCCGUCGGGGCUCUUAGGAGGGGCAGCAACAGCAGGGGCGGGGACACCAGGCAGCACCACUCCCCAUGCACCCUCCGCUGCUGCUGCUGCUGCUGCUGCUGCAGCGGCGGCAGCGUUCCCCUCGGACCCGUCUCUGCUGGCGUCACCGCUUGCCACGCCCACGCUGGCGGGCACACCGUCGUCGCCGUUUGUGACGGCCACGGCUGCCCUGCCCACCGUCACGCUCGACCUCUCCACCUUGCCGCCCCACCAGCUCGCUCAGCUGGGCCUGGGGGUCACUGCAGGGGGGGCGGGCGGAGGGAGUGCCAUGGGCGCGGGAACGGGCGUUCCUUCUCCUGCUGCUGGAUCUGCUGCUGCCGCACCACCCAUGCACCCAUCAGCACUGCCAUUCACAGCCGCAGCACACACGCCUGGGGGUGCAGCUGCCACUCCCACACCUGCCAGCACCCCCACCAACACCGCUGCCACCCCCACAGGCGCCCCCUGGUGGUGGCCUGGCGCCCCUGCCCCCUCGCCUUCCUCCGCCCCGCCUUCCCCGUCUGCCCCGUUCUCUGCGCCCUCAGCGCCCGCUACCGCCCCCGUGGGCGCAUCUGCUGCGGCGCCGUCGUCUGCAGCGUCCACGCCAUCGCCCAUCCACGGCUUGCUGCUCCCCACCCCCCUCCCUGCCUCUGCCGCCCCUCCCCCUGCAUCCACCGCUGCACUCUUCUCCCCCCCCGUGGCUGCUGCUGCCCCUUCUCCUCACCUUGCCCGCCCGCCCACCCCGCCGUCUGCUGCUCGGCCCACCUCAAGUGGGGUGGCAGCAGCAGGGGAUGAGGCGCCGCCCCUCAUUCACAUUCCCCGGCGCCGCAUCGUCGGCCACUUCACACCUGAACGCCCUGCUGCUGCUGACAGCAGUGGUGGUGUCGGCACAGCAGUGGCAGGCGGCGGUGCUGCCAUCCCACAGCAGCAAGCAGUAGCGUCCGUGCACCAGCAGCAGCCACACCACCACCAGCACUCCAUGCUCCUCUCCUCCCCCUCGUUUGGCCCCUCGCUCUUCCCUGUCCUCGCUGCCUCCACUGCUGCCGCACAUGCCCCUGCCACCUGGCCAUUCUCCCCAACAGCCUCCCACUCUGCCACUGCACCAGCACCACCAACAUCUCAAGCAGCGCUGCCAGGCGCUGCAGACGCGACUCAAACGAUGCCGCCAGCACAGCAUCAAGGUGCUGCAGUGCCGCACCAACCGGCAGCACCGAGUGCAUUGCUGCUGUCGCCAGGCAACGCUGCAUCGCUGCUGCCCUCCCCCCUCGCCGCUCCCAUGACCCCAGCACCAUCUCCUCUUGGCUUCUCGCACCUCUUUCAACCGCCCUCCACCACUCCUCUCGAUCUCUUCCCACAGGUGGCUGCUGGGAAGGAUCCGUCCAGCUCGCCCAGCUUUCACUCCAACACACAUCGAUCCUGCUGA